UCGACAAAACGGGGGGGUCACCCUCCCACAUGGCUUCGCUGCCCUUGCCUCCAUUCCCCAUCCCCAACUCCAACCCCAACCCCAACCCCAAUCCUGAUCUCCUUCUCCGCCAUCCUCCGCCCGCCAUGCCUGACACCCCCAAUAAGGAAGUGUUAAUGGUGGAUGUGAAUGAGUCGGUCACUGGCCAUAUCAUCUCCACCACCAUUGGUGGCAAGAAUGGUGAGCCGAAGCAGACUGUUAGUUACAUGGCGGAGCGUGUUGUGGGGACUGGGUCGUUUGGUAUUGUCUUCCAGGCGAAAUGCUUGGAAACAGGAGAGACAGUUGCCAUCAAGAAGGUGUUGCAGGACAAGCGAUACAAGAAUCGGGAAUUGCAAUUGAUGAGAUCGAUGGACCACCCAAAUGUCAUCUCCCUGAAGCAUUGUUUCUUCUCCACCACGAGCAGAGAUGAGCUUUUUCUGAACCUUGUUAUGGAGUAUGUUCCUGAAACAUUGUACCGGGUUCUGAAGCAUUACAGCAACGCCAAUCAAAGGAUGCCACUAAUUUAUGUGAAGCUUUACACUUAUCAGUUAUUCAGAGGACUAGCUUAUAUUCAUAAUGCUCCUGGAGUUUGUCAUAGAGAUGUCAAGCCACAAAAUGUUUUGGUUGAUCCACUUACUCAUCAAGUGAAGCUGUGUGAUUUUGGAAGUGCUAAAAUUUUGGUCAACGGUGAAGCGAAUAUAUCAUACAUUUGUUCUCGUUAUUACCGUGCUCCUGAGCUAAUAUUUGGUGCAUUUGAAUAUACCACAUCAAUUGACAUAUGGUCAGCCGGUUGUGUUCUUGCUGAACUGCUUCUUGGCCAGCCGUUGUUUCCAGGUGAAAAUUCUGUGGACCAGCUUGUUGAGAUAAUCAAGGUUCUUGGUACUCCAACUCGAGAGGAAAUCCGGUGCAUGAACCCAAGCUACACUGAUUUUAGGUUCCCACAGAUAAAAGCUCAUCCCUGGCACAAGAUUUUUCACAAACGAAUGCCUCCAGAAGCAAUUGACCUUGCAUCACGCCUUCUACAAUAUUCCCCCAGUCUUCGUUGCACUGCACUAGAAGCUUGUGCCCAUCCUUUUUUUGACGAGUUACGAGAGCCAAAUGUUCGAUUGCCAAAUGGUCGCCCUUUCCCUCCACUCUUUAACUUCAAGCAAGAGUUAGCUGGUGCUUCUCCAGAACUCAUUGGUAAAUUGAUUCCCGAACACGUGAGACGACAAUCAGGUUUGGUAUCGUGAGUCCUUGAACUUCAAAAUAACACCUGGCUUUCAUUCUUAUCUUGCAAAAGAAUCAAACAAACCAAGGGUAGAGUUCCUACACCUCAAAAGUCCGAAAGCUUAGUAUACCUACCCGACAAAAAGCCCAAGUUGCGUCUGCCGACUAAUGGCUUCAUGCAGAUGUCCUCGGUUUGUUGUAUAAAAGUCCAAUGAUUGAAUUAUAGUGUUUCUUAUCCUGGAGAGUCAAGAAUCCUCCUUAAUCAAGCCUUGUAUCAUUUAAUUUUGAUCUAUCUAGUGUCAGUAUACCGUGGAUAUCGAGCUUGUUGUACUAUGUAAAUGUGCCUUACUAAUUCAAAGUUUGAAAUGAUGAAGAAGGUUCAUCUUCAGCUC